AUGGCCGGGAGUGCCGCGGCCGUCGCUUCCACAGCGCCGAGUGUCACGCAAGGGCUCAUGGGCGACAGCACCGCGAGAGGGCCAGACAAUGAGCGCGAGAACGAGGUGGGGUUGGAGGCGCUGCUGCGCGGGCUGUACGAGCGCAUGUGUCCGCGCGAUCCCGACUACAACGUGCGCCUGGAGCUCGUGGAGCGCAUCAACAUGCUCGUCGCCUCCGUGCCCGCCUGCAAAGGCAUGGAGGUGGUGCCGUUCGGGUCGUUCGCGUCGGACCUGUUCUCGCCGUGGGGCGACCUGGACUUGUCGCUGGAGGGCGAGGUGCGCAGCACGGGCGGCAACGGGCUGCGCCGCCAGGGAGUCAACAUACUGCAUGCCAUUCACUACCGCCUGCUGCACACAGGCAUGGCGCGGGGAGUGCAGAUAGUGGCGCACGCGCGGGUGCCGCUGGUGAUGUUCACGGACGCGGCGACGGGCAUAGCGUGCGACCUGUCCGUGGGCAACGGCACGGGCGUCUUCAAGUCCACCGUGCUGCGCUCGCUGCUCCGCUUCGACGCGCGCUGCCGCCCGCUGCUCUUCCUCGUGAAGGCGUGGGCGAAGGCGCAGGGCAUCAACGACCCCAAGGGCGGCUCGCUCAACUCCUUUGCGCUCGCGCUGCUCGUCAUCUUCCACCUGCAGACCGUGCAACCGCCCAUCCUCCCGCCCGUCCGCCACAUCCUCGGACGACUGGAGGGAAUGGAGCAGAAGGCGGUGAGGCAUCAGCGCAUAGCGGAGUGUGAGGAGCGGGUGGAGAGCAUGAUAGCAGCGCGGGACAACGGCGAGCCAGUGGAAUGGGGCGGGGCGGGGAAGAACACCAGCUGUGUCGCCGUGCUGCUCGCGUCUUUCUUUGCCAAGUACGAUGCAGUGCGCGAGCAGUGGGCGCAGGGCCUGGCGGUGCGGCCGCUGACGGCACAGUGGGGCGACCUCACAGUCACGCACUCCUCCUUCGCCCAACGCAGCUACUUCAUGAUCGUGGAGGAUCCGUUUGACCCGCGGGAGAACUGCGCACGCUCCGUGCAGCCGCACUCCUUCCCAAGCGUCUGCGACGCCUUUGCAGCCGCAGCACGCGCCUUCUCCCCCCUCCCGCCCGCGCACUCCCUCCGCCAGCUGCGCGUGGCGCUCUUCAAAUGGCCCUCCAACCAGGCACGCCCCUCCUUCACCACCUCCCACCCGGUUGACACCAUGCCUGUGCGCUUCAACCGGGGGAACCAGGGCCGGAUGGGGCCGAAAGUAGGGGGAGGCGGAGGGGGGGGCGGGGGCGUUGGGAGGAGUCCAGGGGAGGAUUGGGUGAGAGGGGGCGCAUUUGGGCGCGGAGUGGUGAGUGUGGGGAGGGGGAGGGGUUUGCACCAAGCUGCUGCGGCUGCUGGUGCGGCUGCUUCUGCUGCUGCGGUUGCUGCUGCUGCGUCUGCUCCGGGGAUGAUUGGGGGGCCUGUUGGGCGGGAUAGCCGGGGAGGGAGGGGACUGGCUGCUGUUGCUGCUGCUGAGCUCGUUCCUGUUGCCGGUGGUGGGGCAAAGCAGAGUGGUUUGGAAGCAGCAAAAGUGAAGGAGGGGAAGAAGAAGGGCACAGGGGAGAAGGCAGGGGAAGAAAUUGCGCAGGAUAGGCAGAAACAGCAGCAGGAACAGCAGCAGCAACAGCAGCAACAGCAACAACAACAGCAGCAGCAGCAGUCGCGUUUAGGCGGAGAGCAAGCAGCAGCACAGGCAUCUUCCAACCCUUCCACAUCCGUCCCCUCCCUCCUGUCCACACCUCACAGACCCCAACCCCACCACGCGUACCCUCCUCUCCAAUCCUCCGCUCCAGCUGCUCCCACCACUCUCAACCUCCCCGGCAAUCCCCAAUCCCCUCUUCUCUCAGCCACUGCCCCUCGUGCCGUCAGCCCAUACCUAUCUCCAUACCAGCUUCACAACCCAGCAUUCCCAGGCAUGCGGUUUGGACCGUCAGGGUACCCUCUAGGGCUUGCGGCCUCGCAUUUGAAUCCCCAUAUGGGUCUUGCUCCGCUUGGCCCUGGGCUGGCAGAAGUGCUCAGCCUCGCCCGCCCCACUCUUGGUCCCCCACACCCCUUGGGCUUCGGUGGCCUGAGAAGUGACUUCUCUGCAGCUGCUGCUGCUGGUCCUAUCCCUCCUCCUGCUGCUCCAGCUGGUGCUGCUGCUGCUGGCGGCGGCGGCGGCGGUGGCGGUGGAAGCAGCAGCACCAGUUCUGGCCAUGUGGGUGCGGCGGGAGUAGCGGCGUCGGAUGCAAGGGGAGGGGGCGGUGCAGCAGGGGAAGUUGCGGCGGGGAACGUGACAGGAGGGGUGUCGUGGAGUGUGGCUGGGGACAGGAGCCAUGGCGUGUUGAUCGACCGAGGCAAGGCACCAGCAACAACGGUAGGCCUGAAAGGCGAGCGUGUAGCAGCAGCGGAUGGGCAUGUAACGACUGUAUCGGCUGCUGAAACCAUCACUGGGCGGUUAAGCGAGGUGUCUCUGAAGCACGAGGAUGGGAGGAGAGAGGAGGUGCAUGUGCAAGGGAGGAAACAGGAGGAGGAAGCUGAUGGGAAGAGGGGAGUUGAGAAGCAGGCAGAGAAGGAGGAGCAGAAGAUGCCGUUGCACAGCGAAGGUCUGAAGAAGGGAGGUUUGGGAGGUCAUUCGCUGUUGUCAAUAACACCUGCUGUCAAUAACACCUCACAAGUUCCAGUGUCUCAACUUGCUCCUGCUGCUGCUCCUGUCCCUGUCCCUGCUCCUCCCGCUGCUCCUACCCCCGCCCCUACCCCUACUCCUCCUACGGCUGUUGCGAGUGCUGUUGCUGCUUCUGCUGCUGCUCUUUCUCCUGCUCCUGCCCCUGCCCCUGUUCCUGCCCCUACCCCUGCUCCUGCUCCUGCUCCUGCUCCUGCUCCUGCUCCUGCUCCUGCUCCUGCUCCUGCUCCUGCUCCUGCCGCUGCUGCCGCUCCUGAUGCGCCUGUGUAUAGUGCAGGUUCGGCAAGGGGGGGUGGUAGGGUAGGGGCAGCAGCUACUAGGGGUCGUGGGGAAAGGGGGGGUCGUAAGGGAGGGAGAGAAGGAAGUGGGGCUGUUUCUUCUGAGUCUGUUGCAGCAGCGUAUGCUGCCGUGACUAAAGUUACAAUGGAAGCGGGGCACGUUGCAGGCAGUAGAGAGGCGACAGUAGUGCGGCCAGCCGCACCAUCUGCAGCAGCACCCGCAGCACCACCAGCAGCAGCAGCUGCUGCAGCUGCAGCACCCGCAGCACCACCACUGGCACCAGCAGCAGCGGCAGCGAAUGGUGAGGCAGGGAUGCAAGAGGGCAUGGAUGGUGGGCGGCGGGGCAGGCGGAGACCAAGGAAGGGGAGAGGAGGAGGAGCACAGAGAGGAGGGGGGAACGGGGCAGGGUACCAUGGGGACGAGGCAUGGGCGGACACCGAGUCAGAGCGCAGAGAGCAGCCCCCGCCACCACCCAGCCAGGCCAUGUGGUCGUGGGGAGAUCAAGGGCAAACUGGGGUGGGAGGGGCGCAGGGCGGCAUGCAAGGUGUGCAGGGGGUGACACAGGGCGGACAGGGAGGGGCACAGGGACAAAGAGGAGCGCAGGGUGGACAGGGAGGGCAGGAGAGGUAUGGGGCAGGGCGAGGAGGGUGGAAGCAGCAUGCUGGGUGGCAUGGUCGUGGUGGGGGUGCGCAGGGGUAUGGGUAUGGUGCUGCACAGGGAGGUGUGCAGGGUGGGCGAGGAGGGGGUGUGCAGGGACAGCAGCAGAAUGGGUACCAGGGUGGGCAAGGGGCUGUGGGGAAUGCAGAAGGUGCUGGUGCUGGUGGUGCUGCAAACAACUCUAGGAGGAAGCGAGGGGGGAGAAAGGAGCAGGUGUGGAAGGAGAAAGGUGGUGGCGAGUAA